AUGCGGCGACGACGGGGUCCGCUCCUCGCCGCCGCCGUCCUCCUCCUCCUACUCCACGCCGCCGCCGGCACUGACACGGACGCGGACACGGUCACGCCGGCCGCGCCGCUCAAGGGGAACCGGACGCUGGUGUCCGCGGGGCGCGCCAAGUACGUGCUGGGCUUCUUCGCGCCGGACCCGGACGACACGGGGCGGACGCGGACGUACCUCGGGAUAUGGUUCAACGGCAUCCCCGAGCGGACCGUCGUGUGGGUGGCCAACCGCGGGAGCCCCGUCCUGGGCGGCAUGGACGCCGCCGCGCUCAGGGUCCUCGCCAACGGGAGCCUAGCCAUCGUCGUGGACGACGAUGACGCCGUGGUCUGGGCGACGCCGCCGCCGCCGCCGGGCACGGCCACGGCCAGCAGCAGCAGCAGCAACGCCACCGCAUACGCGCAGCUCCUGGAGAACGGCAACCUGGUCCUCCGCGUCCCCGGUGCCGGUGUGGUGUGGCAGAGCUUCGACUACCCGACCGACACGCUGCUCCCCGGCAUGAAGCUCGGCAUCGACUUCCGCACGGGGCUGGACCGGCGCAUGACCUCGUGGCGCGCCGCGGGGGACCCGUCCCCGGGGGAGUACUCUUUCCGCCUCGACCCGCGGGGUUCCCCGGAGCUCUUCCUCUACCGCCGGACCGCGCGGACUUACGGCAGCGGGCCCUGGAACGGGUACCAGUUCACGGGCGUGCCCAACCUCAAGUCCAACAGCCUCCUCACCUUCCGCUUCGUCUCCACGCGCGACGAGGCCUACUACAGCUACGGCGUCGUCGACGACAGCGCCCCGCUCACGACGCGCUUCGUCCUCAACUCGUCGGGGCAGAUCCAGCGGCUCAUGUGGAUCGACAUGACGCGGUCCUGGAGCAUCUUCUGGUCCUACCCGCUCGACGAGUGCGACGGCUACCGCGCCUGCGGCGCCUACGGAGUCUGCAGCGUCGAGCGCAACCCGGUGUGCGGCUGCGUCCCCGGAUUCGACCCGCGCUUCCCCGCCGAGUGGGCGCUCAGGGACGGCUCCGGCGGGUGCAGGCGACGCACGGAGCUCAACUGCACUGGCGACGACGGUUUCGCCACGCUCACCAACAUGAAGCUGCCGGAGUCGGCCAACGCCACAGUGGACAUGUCCCUCGGCCUCGACGAGUGCCGGCUGACCUGCCUCAGGAACUGCGCGUGCCGGGCCUACACCAGCGCCAAUCUCAGCAGCCCGGGGGCCACGGGCUGCUUCAUGUGGACCGGCGACCUUCUCGACAUGAGGCAGUUUGGCAAUGGCGGACAGAAUCUCUUCGUCCGGCUUGCGGCAUCCGAUCUACCUCUCAGCUCUUCCUCAGCAGACACGGAUGCGCGAACGAAGAGGCUCGUGGAGAUCAUCGUCCCAUCGGUCGCUGCACCGGCGCUGCUACUAGCUGGACUCUACAUUUGCGCCAUGAAGAUGAAAAAGCGCAGGAAAGAGAAGGAAGCCAUUCCCCUGGCGUUGCUGAGAAACGCGCAGAGGCAGAGCACACCGUUCGGACGAAGGAACCAGAUUGCUGCGUCGACUGAUGUUCAGGACGAUCCCCUGCAUAGCAACGGUCAGGGCAGUAGUAACCAGGACUGCGAUCUGCCGUCGUUCGACGUCGAGACGAUCCAGGGCGCUACGGGCAACUUCUCGGUUUACAACAAGAUCGGCCAGGGUGGAUUCGGCCCCGUCUACAUGGCGUGGAGGCUGUGGAAGGACGGCGAGAGCCUGGAGUUCAUCGACCAGUCCAUCGCGGACACGUCCAACGCGGCGGAGGUGCUCAAGUGCAUCCAGAUCGGGCUGCUGUGCGUCCAGGAGCAGCCCAAGCGCAGGCCCACCAUGUCGGCGGUGACCACGAUGCUCACCUGCGAGAACCCCACGCUGCCGGAGCCGUGCGAGCCGGCCUUCAGCACCGGGAGGAACCACGGCGACGACGAGGAGGAGGACCCGGAGGUGAAGGCCUGCCGGUCUGACAGCGCCAGCAGCUGGACUGUAACCGUAGUUGAGGGAGCAAAGAUUUUGCUUCGGAGACAACGAGUUGACGUUCGCUUUAGAACAAAGGUUGACAAUUCUUCAGCACAUUUCAACAAGGAGGCAGAAAACUAA